AUGGCGCCCCCCGUGCGGCGGAGACUGGGCUCACGCAUUGAAGCGCAACUGACGGAAAACUCGUAUUCCUGGCAGACCUUCUGUCAGGAGCUUCCCUACACUCUGUGGAAUACCUGUCCCCUAUGCCUCUGUGGUUUGAUGCCAGUCUUCGUGGUGUGCAUCUCCGCCAUGUGUCGCCUGGACUAUGCCACCCAGGUCACUGACAUCGGGGCGGAGCUGAUCAACGAGAUGGGCUUGUCGUACACGGUUUACUACACCGCCGGAUGCUGGCCACAAUCGACGGGUCCUCUGAGCUUGAUCCAUCGACGGGCUCGUUGCAACCAAGCGGACUUCGAGAUUGCUGCCAGCGAGUUCGAUGCCGUGCGAGGAACCUUGUUGCGGGAGAAAAAUGUCACCAAGCUUCAUGCCAAGCGGCUGACAGCGGUCAAGGUGACACCGGACUGGCGUUUUGUCACCUUCAUUGGAUCCCUUUCCGAGGACAUUGGAAACCUCUAUGCUGUGGAUGCGCAAGAUAAGGAUGCCCCAGAGGCCAUCCCGCUGCUGACUCAGACACAGCUCACCUCGCUGGAUGCCGCCUGCGAGCUGCACACGGACUCCGUGCGGGCGGUGCUGCAGGAGGCAAAGCCGGAACAGCAUUUUUUGAAGCAGCAGGCUCGGCUGAGUGGUUUCAAGCACUUGCAGGUGAUCAUCCCUGGCAUUGAGGCGGUCGAAUUCGGCGGCUCCUUGCAGGGCCUGCCGGUGCAACCCUUCGGCACUUCCCUGGUUUACCGCGCCACCUUUAGCUUCACAUGUCGACAAGAGAUGUCCAUGUUGGAAGCGGAGCCCAUUCAGUUUUCCAAAUUGGCUGUCGUGGAUUUUCAGUUCAAAAACCUCACGGGCGGUCACCGGCAGCGCGCCUUCGCUGCGUCGCAGCUGCGGAUCCUCAGCACCGACCCGUUGGCGCCGCGCGGCGCCAACCAGGGCGCGGUGGUCAUGGCCAAGCGAUACUUGUCGCAUUGCUGUCCGCGUUUCGUUCCAAGCAAGCAGGGCGCGGAGCUGCUCUUCGUGGCCGAGGACGUGGCGCCGACGAGCGGCGCCGGCAGGUGGGCGCCGGUGGUGGCGCUGCCGACGCGGGUGCUGGCGCAGAUGCAGCUGCUGGAACAGACCGUGACCGGACGAAAGCUCGAGGAGGUGUGGAGUGACGUGGAAUCGAAUCUCAGCACUGAUCAGCUUGCACAGGCCAUGGAGAGGCAUGAAGCGGAGGUCCUGUCGCGCGGGGCGCAGGAGAUCAACGCUGAGGCGCAGAUGCUGUCGGUUGGAGAGCACGAGAUGCCCUUUGCGCCGGUGCGGGGCUGCCCUGAGUUUGUACCAAGUCUGUACAGCAGCACUCAAAGCUUGCAGGAGGCUGUGAGAUCGGACCUCUUCGAAUCCGAGGAGCAGCGCUUGCGCGAACAGCGCCUCAGAGAUCAGACCCGCGACUCCUUUGUGUGUAUGACAGAUCCCAGUAGUAGUUCCGUCUUGGGCAUCGACGCACAAGUCUUGGCCGGCUCGUUGGCCCCGUCACCCAUGGGGGAGGUGAGCUUUCGGCAAUUGUUGUACAAUGUCAAGAGUCUGAACCAAAACCUGGUCUUGGGCGGCUGCAAACCCAUUCGUGCGGCUGGGCGACAAGGGCACAUGCGUAUGGAAGCGGCCUUGGAAAGUGUCAUGAAGACCUUACGCAUCAGCGACGAUCGGACGAAGUAUACCACCUGGUUGGCGUGCUUGACUAGUGAUCAGAAGGCAAGGGAUUUGAUGAGAUUUGAUGGGAUUUUUUGGGAUUUGAUUGGAUUUUAUGGGAUUACCUUAGCUAGGGAUUUAAGACCUCUACUUUCGGGCGACUGA